AUGGGCCAGCCAGCACGCCUGUCGCAAUGGUUGGCGCUAGCAUGUGCUCUGUCUAGUGCAUGGGCGCACAGGAAGCCAUUUAACAUCAACGAUGAUAUUUUGGCCUACCCCCAGUACCAAGUGACCUUCCCUGAAGAAUACAUCCUUGACUCGAACGCUGAGGCACUGCUCCAGUCCCAAGUUAGCCCCGACAUCCACGAUCAAAACAACCCUCAAGUCUACAUGGACGAGGACCGAACGGAUUCCACCGACCAUACACAAAAAGAGAGAUCUCUCUACUCCUACGAAGAGAUGAUACUUGAGGACCGUCGACUUCUCUGUCAAAUUCCGCGUGUCACAAAGGAUGAACAUAACACAACGAGGAACGAGGCAGAUAGCAAGGUAGAGGAGCAAAAGGAACUAGCUCGUGCGACAGAUCGCGGGAUAGAACUGCUCCGCGAAAUGGAAGGGCAAUGCAUGUACUACUUUUCAGGCUGGUGGUCUUAUUCCUUCUGCUAUCAAAAGCAGAUCAAGCAGUUCCAUGCUCUCCCCGCAGGCCGUGGGGUUCCUCACUACCCGCCAAUCGAAGACACUACUACGCAUUCCUUCAUUUUGGGGAAAUUCAUCGGCGACAAGGGAGAGGAAGAAAAGCCCAAGCAAUUUGCCAAAACAGACGUGGCGGAACUACACACAAAAGGUGGUUCACGGUACUUGGUCCAGCACCUGCGGGGCGGGACCAAAUGUGAUCUGACGGGGCGUGAGCGCAAGGUUGAGGUGCAGUUCCAUUGUCAUCCGCAGUCGACAGAUCACAUCGGGUGGAUCAAAGAACUCACCACGUGCUCUUAUUUGAUGGUCAUCUACACACCUCGUCUAUGUGACGACGUCGCUUUCCUGCCACCCCAGCAGGAUGAAGUGCACAACAUUGAAUGCCGUGAGAUUCUGAUGCCGGAAGAAGUCACCGAAUGGGAAGCCAUCAAAGAAUGGUACACGACCAAUCAAUUGACCGAAGCAGCAGCUGAUACCGACGGUACUCAACCCGAGCUUCCAAUUAUCGGAGGCAUCGAAGUUGGAGGCCGAAGGCUUGUUGGCACGGACGGCAAGGUCAUUGAGAAAGGACGUGUGGCAUCUUCUGGCGAGGAACGAGUGGAGGUUGUUGCCAAACGAGUGAAUGGCGAGAUUGGCAAAAUCUCUAAACAAAUCCUGAAGAAAUACGACCUCGACCUAGAGAAAGUGGAAGAAAUGAAAAAGUUAAUUGAGGAACAAGCCGAGGGCAAGGACUGGACCCUGGAGGUCGUGGAAAGCAACGGCGUGAUCAAGUUCCAAGGUGUUUUGGAUGAGGAUGAGGAAGAAACAGUGAAGGAGAAGGCAUCUCCAGAACGACUCCGUGAAAACAAAGCAUCCGAGAAGCCUCAAAAGACCAAGCCAAAGUCAGAGCCAGCCAACAAGCCUGAACAGCAGAAGAAAAGCCCCGAAGACGAAGGGAGUGAGGAAACAUUCAAAGAUGAGCUAUGA